AUGUUAUUUGAAAGCUCUAUUCGAACUGGAGAUCCUCGUCUUUCCACAAGGAAUAAACAAGCACAAACCACUGAAGUCGUCAAUGCUUACGAUCAGUCCUUCAAUGGCAGAGUGAUCUAUGCCAGAAACCUCUUUUCCAAAUUGUUCUUGCAGAUGAUCAUCAUCUGUAAGUUUUAUUAAUUCAUUUAGGUGUCUACGUCUGGAUUGUGCAUUCCAUACCUGCCUUAGAUCAUUUUCUAGAAGAUACCAAAUGGAUAUUUUGGCUAAGUUUGGGAAUCUGUGUAGGAACAGCCACCUUGGCUUUGAUUUAUCGUAAUCGAAUUACAGUGUCUCCCACUAAUUGGCUAGUCUUCAUUGUAUUCACCUUGUCAUUUGCCUCUGUUUGUGGCUGCUUGGUGGCCUUUGGUAAUUCCUAAAUUGGGUUGUUGCUCUUUGUUAAUUUUGCAAGUAAGUUAAAGUUUUUAAAUAGGCUUAAUAUUCUUUUUAUUUUUAUACUCAUCAACCGUAAGGAGAAAGAUAACUUAUUCAGGAGCUGUGUUGUUUGUUUCAGCAAGCAUCUUGAUAGUGUUUGAACUGUUCACAAUAUUCACCAAGAUCUCCCUCUUUUGGAUUAUGUUCAUAUCUCUGUCCUCCUUUUUAUUCGCCUUUCUAUUGCUUUAUGACACCUACACUAACCUGAAGUAUUAUCAAUUCCUUUAUCUAGUUGCGGAGACUCAUAUGAUAUCAACAAGGCAGAUGACGUGAGUGGAAGCGUAACCAUUUAUUGGGACAUCAUUCUAUUAUUUUUAAAGAUGGCAGAGCUCAUUAAAGAUAAUCUAUCUAAUAGAAAGAAUUGAUG